AUGCUGCUGAGAUACAGCUUCUUUGGGGCAGCAAAUUCUGUGUUUCUGAAAUGCUUUCACUUGUUUUACAGAUUUGAUGAAAAGGAGAAUGUAUCAAACUGCAUCCAGCUGAAGACUUCAGUUAUUAAAGGUAUUAAGAAUCAGCUGAUAGACCAGUUUCCUGUUAUUGAACCAUGGCUAAACCAAAUUAUGCCAAAGAAAGACCCAGUCAAAAUAGUAAGAUGUCAUGAACAUAUAGAAAUCCUCACUGUGAAUGGGGAGUUGCUGUUCUUCAGACAAAGAGAAGGGAUUUUUUAUCCGACACUAAGGUUGCUUCACAAAUACCCGUUUAUUCUACCACAUCAGCAGGUUGAUAAAGGCGCCAUUAAAUUUGUACUAAGUGGAGCUAAUAUAAUGUGCCCUGGCCUGACGUCUCCUGGAGCAAAACUUUACCCUGCUGCCGUUGAUACUGUUGUUGCAAUAAUGGCAGAGGGAAAACAACAUGCAUUAUGUGUGGGAGUAAUGAAGAUGUCAGCUGAGGACAUUGAGAAGGUCAACAAAGGGAUUGGUAUUGAAAAUAUCCAUUAUUUAAAUGAUGGCCUUUGGCAUAUGAAGACAUACAAGUGAAACAAAAGGAACUGUGUUACUCCAAAGGAAUGCACUUAGAUUAAAUGUGGACUGCUUUGUAAUUCCUUGUUUUUAAUGUGACUGAAUGUACAAACUAUUUUGUUCUGUGGCUAUGCUAAAUAAAUCAAGUGAAUGCAAAAGUACUGUUAGACUACAACAGUUUUCUAGAUUUCUUUUUAUUGCAGUUCUUUUGUUUUGUCUAAACCCCAAGUCUUUGGUGACUGAAGAUAUCUGAUGGAAAGAUCCUAUGUGGAUUGUGAGUAGAUGAUUUCAAACAAAAAGGAGGAAAAAGCCAAGAAAUGUUUACAUUUUAUGCUCUUCUAAAAGAGUAAUAUAAAGUCUAUGUGAAAUACAAUUAAUACAGUUUAUAAAACCUCUGAAACAUUUCAGAUUUUUUUUCUUCUGAUUAACAUCUUGUUAGUCUACCUGUUUCUUGAAUAUGGAGAAAUCAGGUUUUUUGACAUUUAUUUUUUAACUUAAUUUAUUAACAGCAUUAAUGUCAGUAUUUUACUUAAGGAUUUUCUCUUUUUAAUAUGCAUUUAUCUGUAUAGGAUUUAUAAACUUAAACUGGCGUGUGGACUGGAAAUUCCUUUAUGCUAGUUCAUAUCUGAAGAGUGUAUAUAUGUUCAAAUUUCUACCUGCCAAUGCUGUUUGAUAUCACUCUCCUUACAGUGGAGUUUAUAGUAAUGGUGGGCACACUCCAAAUGGAGCCUGUGCCGAUGUGGUGCCUGAUGCUCUACUCCCUGUUUGCCGCCUUAUUUUAGGAGCAGAAACAAAAUCACUGUUUAACAAAGGCAUGGUAGCAAAACAUGGUUAUCAGUGUAGCCAGGAGCAGCUUCUUCAGGUGGAACUUCAAAAGAGAUCUCGGCUUGUGCACACUGCCACAUGUAUGUACCCCUAUGAAGGGGUUAAAGAGCACUGUGUGUUUGUCUGGAUAAUCCCACUCUGUUCAGCGACUGCACACCCAAAGCUAUGCCUAUGGAAAACAGCCCGUGCCAUGGAAUCAAUUAAUAAACUAAGGAAACUUUAAGGUCUACCACUCAUAACUGUCUCUGGAAGCAUUUAUUAAUAUUUCAAGCUAACACUUGUAUUUUAUAAUGGCAGAAUGUAGUUUUGUAUGCAAGUGCCCUGUCUUGGUGCUGUUCUGCAUGUUUGGUUUUCCCCACCCUGGAGCUUUACAGAAGAUGGUGGCAGAGGUGCUCUCCAUACUAAAGAUGGUUCUAAAGUCUAAGACAUGGGAA